AUGUCUUCCAACGUUGAGCAGGCCGAGGCGCCUCACCAGGCCUAUGACACCAUCCUGACGCUCGACUUUGGCUCCCAAGUGACGCACCUCAUCACGAGGCGUCUGCGCGAGCUCAAUGUCUACAGUGAGAUGCUGCCGUGCACCACCAAGCUUGCCGACUUGCCUUUUAAGCCCAAGGGCAUCAUUCUGUCUGGCGGCCCCAACUCGGUCUAUGAGAAGGACGCUCCUCACGCGGACCCUGCAUUCUUCGAGCUUGGUGUCCCGAUCCUGGGCAUCUGCUACGGCCUGCAGGAGAUUGGCUGGCGACUGAGCAAGGACAAUGUCAUUGCCGGCACUGAGCGCGAAUACGGUUACGCGGAACUCGUUCCCCACCGCCACAACAGCAAUGUCGACCGUCUCUUCGAGGGCCUGCAUGAGAAGGAGACUCAAGUCUGGAUGAGCCACGGCGACAAGCUGGGCAAGCUGCCCGAGGGCUUCGUCACCAUCGCCACGACGCAAAACUCACCUUAUGCCGGCAUUGCCCAUGAGACCAAGCCCAUCUUUGGCCUUCAGUUCCACCCCGAGGUCACCCACUCCCUGCGCGGGAAGGACAUGCUCAAGAACUUUGCGGUCGGCAUCUGCGGCGCCAAGGCCAACUGGAACAUGUCCAACUUUAUCGACCAGGAGAUCGUUCGGAUCCGAAAGCUCGUCGGCGACAAGGCUCAGGUCAUUGGCGCCGUGUCUGGCGGUGUCGACUCUACUGUCGCAGCCAAGCUGAUGAAGGAGGCGAUUGGUGACCGCUUUCAUGCCGUGCUCGUCGACAACGGCGUGAUGCGCCUCAACGAAUGCAAGCAGGUCAAGGAGACCCUGCAGGAGCAUCUCGGCAUCAACCUCACGGUCGUAGAUGCGUCGCAAAAGUUCCUCGGAGGUCUCAAGGGCGUCGAGGACCCCGAGAAGAAGCGCAAGUUCAUUGGCAACACCUUCAUCGACAUUUUCGAGGAGGAGGCCGUCAGGAUUGAGAAGGCGGCUGAGAACACACCCAAUGCCGGCAAGGUUGAGUGGUUCCUUCAGGGAACACUGUACCCGGAUGUGAUCGAGUCCAUUUCCUUCAAAGGCCCGUCGUCCACCAUCAAGACCCACCACAAUGUCGGCGGUCUGCCGCAACGCAUGAUGGACGGUCAGGGGCUGAAGCUGAUUGAGCCUCUCAGAGAACUCUUCAAAGAUGAGGUUCGAGCCCUUGGCCGCCAGUUGGGCAUCAACGAGGAGCUCGUUAUGAGACAUCCCUUCCCCGGUCCCGGCAUCGCGAUCCGCAUCAUCGGCGAGGUCACGCCCGAGCGCGUCGAGAUUGCCCGAAAGGCCGAUCAUAUUUUCAUUGGCAUGAUCAAGGAGGCGGGCCUCUACAACAAAAUCAGCCAAGCCUACGCCGGUCUGCUCACCAACAAGAUGGUUGGCGUCAUGGGCGACAAGCGUGAGGAGGGAUACAUCAUCAGCCUCCGGGCCGUCGUGACGACCGAUUUCAUGACCGCUGACGCCUAUCCAUUUGACAUGGAGUUCGUCAUGAAGGUCGCUCGCCGCAUCGUUAACGAGGUUGAGGGUGUCGCCAACGUCGAGUACAAUGUCACGGGAAAGCCGCCCGGCACCAUUGAGAUGCAGUAG